AUGGCAGAGGAGGGCAGCUUGUGGUUCUACGCCCCCAACAAAGGUGCCGCGAUAUCCUUUGCUAUUCUCUUUGCUAUCUCAGGUUUCAUACACGGUUACCAAAGCUUCAAAUACAAGUCGUGGAAAGUGACCGGUCUUCUCCCAUGGUCAGCUUUGCUUUUCACUGCCGGUUUCAUCCUGCGUACCAUCGGAGCCUAUGGACAAUGGGACGACAAGGGCGUGUUCAUUGCCAGCACGGUACUCCUCUUAGCCGGCCCGCCAGUAUAUGAAGGUGCAAACUUCUUCAUCCUCGGUCGAAUUCUGUACUACAUCCCAUACCACUCUCCAAUCCACCCCGGCCGAGUAUUCACAACAUUUGUCGCCCUGGGUGUUGUAAUCGAGAGUAUCACUGCAAAUGGAGCCGUACGAGUCGCAGCCUCAGACUCUACCGUUGCAUCGCAAAACAUCGGCAAGUCCCUGCUCAAAGCAGCAUUGAUCAUGCAAAUCGCCUUGAUGGUAGGGUUUGUGACUCUCGCUGGUCGAUUCCAUUUCAACUGUUCUCGAGGAGGCGUAUUGAACUUCAAGAUCAAACGUGCGCUGUAUGUGUUGUAUUGCAGUUGCACGCUUAUCACAAUCCGCACCAUCUACCGGACUGUCGAAUACUUCACUGCAGCUAGCCUCAACGCUUACGGUGAUAUUGACAAAAUUAGCCCGGUACUGAAAGAUGAAUGGUUCUUCUGGGUCUUUGAGGUUCUGUUCAUGUACACGAACACUACACUGCUCAACGUUUUCCACCCGAUGCGCUCCCUCCCGCGCUCUAACAAGAUAUAUUUGGCAAGUGACGGUGUAACCGAGGUUGAAGGGCCUGGUUAUGAAGAUCCUCGUCACUGGCUCCAAACAUUUGUGGAUCCGUUUGAUAUAUAUGGACUUAUCGUUAACAGGGGCAAGAAGGAGAAAUACUGGGAAACAAACACAACACAAGCCGACUUGACUCCCAAGCAAGUUGUUUGA